CUUUCUGUUGUCUCAUGUUGAAGUCCGCCGGCUGAUUAGAUUGGACCGGACAUGACCAGCUUACUGUCGUCCUUCAAUCACAGUACCGGUGAUCCUAUCUGAUUCGGCUUCGGGAUGUUCCGCAUCUCUCUGCCCAAAAUAAGCAAUCUGCCUUGUUGCUGGAAGGAUUAUUGAUCCGCUCGAGAAAUGCGUCGCGGUAAUCACGACGUCGCGGGAGAUGUCGACCUGGUGGUGAGCGACAAGGAAACCCGAAAGCAUACAAUCACCGAACAACGACGGGAGCAAAAUAGGCGAGCGCAGAGGGUAUUCCGAGAACGCCGGAGGGCAAAGAAAGAAUACUUGAAAUCUAAACCAACUCCCCGACAUCUUGCACCGUGUGUACCUGAAGACACCGGCUGCAGGUCCGCAAAGUCUUCGGUGAACCUCGAGACCGAAGAGAUACUUCACUGGAUCGGACAGACAUCCAGCACCAACACCACACCAUCCAGCACCUCUAGUCAUGUCUUUUCGGAUGCGUUGACUCUACAAGACCAACCACACCAACAACGACAGUCAUCGGCACAUAUAGUUCAGGAGACGAUAUUCACCUUCUCUUCCCCACAGACGUUACUCCCGGCCCAUGACUCGCUCAUCCCCAAACGACGUUCGCCCACGUCGGAAGUACAGGCUUUCCUUACAGCCACGAACCGGCCCGGUCACACCCUUUGGCCACAUGGAGCCCCUCCAACCUUAGCUGCAUGUUUGUUCAAUGCAGCCGCCAUGGGCAUCGAUAUCGACAGGGUCGGAGAACCAAAGUACAUGUCACCCUUCUACCGGCCCUCAUUCUCAGCAACGCUGUCAUCGCCAUCGCCGCCAGUCCAUCCAACGACGACGACGACGACCACUUCCUCAACCUCGCCGACUAUGUAUCUUUCACCUGGGCCCCGUUCCCUACGACCGUGUUUCGCCCAAGUGAUAUUUCCGCACCACGCUUGCCUGGAUCUACUGCCUCUACCAAAACUGAGGGAGACGGCUAUAAUGUUGGUUGUCCGCCGCGCUCAGCAGGAUGGACGUUGCGCCAUGGACUCGUCAUCUGAUCACGCUGAGGUUCAGGAGUUGAAAAGGGACGUCUACGUCCGACAGGGUGUCAGGUUCCGUGGCACGGGAGAACUGACGAGAGAGGAGUACGUCUUGCCCGAUGAUGAAAGUUCACGACACUGUGGCAAUCCUUGGGAAGGAGGUAGUUGGGCCGUUUCUCCUUGGUUUGCCGUCAAGUGGAAGCACUUGAUAGACCUUUGAGGAAUUUUCAUUAAGUGGAAAUAGCCAAGUCUCCAACUUGGUAGCAUUGGGUGUUGUUAUGUGCCAACUCAAUCCUCGCAAAGGCGCAGGGAUAGAUCGUUAAAUGCACGCCACAUAUGCGACGGCACGGCGAUUUUUGGACCAGUCCGUCAUAAUCAUAAAUU